AUGGAGCAUUUUCGGUCUCUAUACCACCUAACUUUGAUACUAGCCGUGGCUACUGUCUUGGCUGCACCGGCCUACGCCCAGAUCACUACACCGUGUAACAUAUCAAUGGUAACCAGCUCUAUGAGUCCUUGCAUGAGCUUCCUCACAAAUAGCAGUGGCAACGGAACCUCGCCCACUGCUGAUUGCUGCAAUUCCAUCAGGUCCCUCACAAGUGGAAGCAAGGAUUGUCUUUGUCUGGUUGUCACUGGCAAUGUUCCUUUUCAAUUACCAAUCAACAGAACCUUAGCUAUCUCUCUUCCCCGUGCUUGUAACUUGCCCGGAGUUCCACUUCAAUGCAAAACCUCAGGUUCACCACUUCCUGCUCCAGGACCAGCGUCUUUUGGGCCAUCUCUUUCCCCGGCAUCUACUCCAGCUGCUCCAUCUCUUAGUCCUCAAGGUUCUUCUGUACUCCCCUCACCAGUUACACCUUCUCUGCCACCACAGCCUGAAUCAACCACUCCAUCAUCUUCGCCAGCGAAUCCCGAUAUCCCAUCCGCAACACCCGGAAGCGGCCGCUCCAAUCUCACUCCAUCCUCUGCUGGAUCAUUAUCUCACACUCUCCUAUCAUCUGCUGUGGUCAUUGUAUUUGGAUAUGCCGUUUCUAAACACUACUAG